AUGGGGAUGAACGCCAUCAUCAUCGGAGCGGGCCCUUCGGGCAUUGCCAUGGCCCACAAGCUGAAGUGCGAGCUUGGCUUUCGGGAUUUCAUGAUCUACGAGAAAUCGGACGGCGUUGGGGGGACAUGGAGAACGAACACGUACCCCGGCUGUGGAUGUGAUGUCCAUUCCCAUCUUUAUUCGUUCAGCUUUAAUCUGAACCCAGACUGGUCCAAGGAGCUUGCUGAACAAGAGGAGAUAUUGCAAUACAUGGAAGACACUGUCGACAAGUUCGGGUUGCGUCCCUAUGUCAAUACGUCAGUAGAAUGUCUCGGUGCUUCUUGGGACUCCUCGGAUGAACAAUGGACUGUGGAGCUCAAAGACCUCCAGACUGGUAUUUCCUUCUGUAGGAGAUGCACGGUGUUUGUCUCAGCGGUAGGAGGCAUCUCCAUGCCACGAGAUGUUCAUUUCAGGGGGAUGGAGAAUUUCAAGGGCCCUGUAUUCCACACCGCACGAUGGCGACAUGAUGUGGAUUACAGCGGAAAAAGAGUCGCAGUCAUUGGCAGCGGCUGUAGCGCCGUCCAGGUCAUUCCAUCGGUUGCCGAGCAUGCCUCGGUCGUCAAACAGUACGCCCGCAGCCCGCAGUGGUACCAUGAGCGCCCAAACCGUCGCUUCAGCGCCCUGGAGAAGUUCAUGUUCCGUUACGUCCCCGGCUUGAUGCGGCUGCGAAGGUGGAAUAUCUUCUGGAACAUUGACAAGCAGUCCUACUCGUACCGCGGCACCGAAGCCGGCGUGAAGCAACGAUUGCUAGAGGAAGAGCAUGCACGCCAGUACAUCUACAGAAAAGCUCCUGAGAAGUACCACAAUGUCCUGGUGCCUGACUUUGAGCUCGGAUGCAAGAGAAAGAUAGCCGAUCCCGACUACCUGGAGUCUCUGCACCGAAGCAAUGUGGAGCUCAUUCCCGAGGGUAUCCAGGAAAUGGCGGAAAACGGUAUUGUUAGCUUGUCUGGUAGAGUGGAUGAGUACGACAUGAUUGUCCUCGCUACUGGAUUCAAGGUCUCCCAGUUUCUCACUCCUAUGCGGGUUGUCGGCGCCAACGGGACGACGCUCGAGCAGCAGUGGAGGGAAUGCCGUGGUGCGCAAGCCUAUCUGGGCACGUUUGUCCACAACUUUCCCAACCUCGCCAUAUUGUUUGGGCCGAAUGUAUUUCCCGCCAACAACUCGGCCCUCUACGCCUGCGAAGUCCAGGUCGAUUACGCAGCAAAAGCCUUGUUUGAGCCGUUACUGAACAAGCGUGCCUCGGUGAUAGAAGUGAAGGAGACGGUCGAGAACCGCACGACCAACGAAAUUCAGCUAAAGCUCCGAGGCAGCGUCUUCUCCGGAAACUGCUCGAAUUGGUAUAUUGGCGAGUUCGGGCGCAACGCUGCGUCUUGGCCUGGCUUGGCCAUCGAGUUCUGGCUUGCUACGUUGUUUCCGGACUCUCAGGCAUUCAAUACGCAAGGGGGCAGUAGAGUCUGGUUUCUCACUGCGUUGGCCAGAUGGGCUCGGAGGCAUAAGAUUCAAUGGACGCUGUGA